AUGGAUUCACCGUAUGAACCCCCCAGUACGCGUCGGAAGCGACAGCAGCGAAAAGCCUGCGAUCUCUGUCGCCGCCGCAAAGUCCGCUGCGAUAUCGACGAACAGCCUGGAAAUACGUGCUCCGUCUGCGAUAGAUCGGGGCUCGAGUGCCGAUCAACCACUCAAUGGGCAAAGCCAAAUCGUCCAGCGACCCAUGCCCGGCGAUAUAGCCAUCGGACCGCUCAGCCGGAGACAAGCAGGGACGUUGUCACCCAUGUAGACGAGGAUCUCGAUGGGUUCGAUGUCGACAAAGACCGACAGAUUCCUGACGGAGCGACGUCACCGUCGUCUCCCUCGUUAGUCUCUCAUCACUCAUCCCAGAAAGAAGACUUUGCGCGGAGAGGUCUCUCGCGGUUCUUCAAGCACGGAAUCAACGCGGCUGCAUGGGGAGUAUUCGACUCCCUAAACUACCUGCGCAUCGCAUAUGUCGGCACGGCCGUGUCCAAUCUCGUCCAUCUGGUCCAGCUGCAUCGAGCAUCACGGCGCGACCUAGCACUAUCCACAAUACCCAGCAUCGAUAACCCCGUCGAGGAUAUCAGCAUCCACAGCGACGAGACCACAAGGGUAGUUCACUACCCGUAUCCACCCAUUCGACCUAAGAAUAGGUGGAAGCCAGGGCCGGAAGUAUGGAAUGGCAUGACGACGCAGGAUCUUUCAGCCGAUGUCUCAUCGUUUCCAGCGCAGGAAGUCCGCGAUGCGCUCGUUGCGGCCUACUUUGAGCACGUCCACCCGUUUCAUCCGGUGAUAUCCAAGCCAGAGUUCAUGGCCAGCUACAAAUCCCAGGAUAACCCGCCGCCUUUACUUUUAUUCCAGGCGGUGCUUAUUGCUGGAGCUCAUGCUUGUUCGCAUCCUCUAGUCGCCAAUGCCCGCCACGCUGUCAAAACCACCCUCUUUCGGCGAGCCAGCAUGCUAUUCCACAUGCGCCACGAAACAGACCGCGUCUUCCUCAUGCAAGCAGCUGUCCUCUUCACACGACACAUCGGAGACGGCGACACCAUAGCAGGCGGCCCAUGGUACUGGGGUGGCAUCGCAGUGCGCAUCGGCUGCGGCCUCGGCAUGCACAGGCAAAGUCCAACCCUCCCGCCAAAAGAAACAGCGCAGUAUCGACGCUGCUGGUGGUCAGCCUUCAUCUGCGAGGUGUUCUCGUCUCUCGAAACCGGCCGGCCCUGCGCUGUUCGUGCUGAAGAUAUGGACCAGCUUACGCUCUCCCCGGACGACAUGACAGACACGCCGGGGCAGCCACCGCUGGACCCAGCCCUGCGUCACGACUUUAUAGCACGCAUGGUCGACCUCGCCUAUAUCGGCCUAGAUAUCCUCGCCCUCAACGAACCAGCAAGACAACACAUCAUCGACGUCCAGAGCAUCGACACCCGUCUCUGCCAAUGGGCCUUACAAUCCAACGUCCCACCCCCCUACACAUCCAACGAUCCAGAUCAAGAAAAGGAAAAAGAGUCAGAAACAGACCCCUGGCCCUCCCACCUCCAAAUGCACUACAACCUCCUCCUCCUACACCUCCACCGCAACUUCUCCUCAAAUCCCUCCAGCCAAACCAUCUGCAGCACCGCCGCGCGCGCCAUAAUCCGCACCUUCGAAACCCUAACCACCCUCUCCAGCCUCCCCCAAUGCCACUUCACAGCCAUCAGCGCCCUAACAGCAUGCGGGAUCCAACUCUCACACGAGAUCCAGUCCGCGAUCGCAAGCCAGACUUUCCUGGUCGCGAUCCACGCCCUCGAGUACCUUGCGCGUUUACUGCGGCCGGCUAAUUUACUAGCAGGGUACUGGCCGAAUGCAGAGGCCGUGCAUAGCGUGUUCCAGGAGAUAUACACCGAGUAUAAAAGCUACGUCGCGCAGGGACUGCAGGGCGAGCCGGUGGUUGUGUCGGAUGUGCAGCCGGACUGGUAUCGUCUGCUUGCGGGGCAGUCUGUACAGCCUGUUCCGGGUACGGGGAUCGGGAGGGAGUGGGAGUGGUUGAAUAUCGGGGGGGUGUAA